CCACCCGACGCCCUGGGGUACAUGGACGCGCGGGGACCGGAAGCCCCCAGCGGGGGCGCGCUGCGGGACGCGGCAGAAAAUCUAUUUCAGGAACUUCAAGAACAUAUUCAAGCUCUGAUUGCAACACUAAACCUCAGAAUGGAAGAAAUGGGAAAUCGCCUUGAGGACUUACAGAAGAAUGUAAAUGACUUAAUGGUGCAAGCCGGGAUUGAAAAUUCUAUUAAAGGACAAAUGGUAAGGACAUUAUUCGGAAACUAAAUAUGUUCGCCUUUUGCAUAUCUUUUGAUUGCUUUCAUCUAAAAAAUACAAUCCUAUACUGUUCACUAUGGGAAUUACUGUCUCUGUACUACAGGAAAAACCUUCAGGAAUAAGAAAACACAUUUAUAAAUGCUCUUUUCUAAAUAGAACUGAAUCACUGUUUUUCAUAAUUCCUUAAAAAGUGCACAUUUUAAAUGAAAAAUUCUAUUAUUUAAUAAUUGG